UGCGUCGCGCCGGCCGCAGUCGGUGAUCAGCCUCGGUGGCGCGUGGUCGCCACAAUGUGUUUGCCGAACGCGUGCGCAGUGAAAGUUCGUUAGAGAAAUGCGUCUCGCGAUCGCCUUUCUGUUUGUGUAGGUGACAUGGACAGCAGCUCAUGGCUACGACUACGCCUCGGCGUGUGCGCGGCCCUACCGCUCCAAACGCGCUAAACCUGUACCCGACGUACCGUGUGAUCUGAGCAAGCAAAGCUACUGCACUACACCCGGCAAUAGCUACCCUUGGCAUGCGAUACGACGAUUCAUUCGAGAGAAUCAGGGUCUAAUGAGAAGAAUGUAUGGAGAGGAACGCCACAUCGCUGUACUUAAAGCUGAAUUAGAAAAUUUCAUUGACGAUGACGACGAUGACAGAGGCAAUGAUUUUUCAGAAGAUCUUAUAAAAACAAAAAUGUUGUACACAAAGAAAACCCAAGGACGUGCCAUGAAAGACAAACCACAUUUUAGACCAAUUCAAUCAAAUGAGAAACAAAAAAAAGUUGAUAACGAUACCUUGAAAGUGAAGCCUUUAGACUCAUUGAAUAGUACCAGUAAAAACAAAGAUAACCAAAAUGAUACAAAUAAUGAAGCGUCAAACGACGACAAAGGUAUAUCGUACAAAACUAAGCUCGAAAGUAUAGCAAAUAUUGAAAUAAAUAAUUUAGAUCCAGACGUAAUUACUCUAGAAGCAGUCAUAAAACAAAGUAUUGAGGCAAACAGUAUAUACACAAAUUUCUCUGGUACGUCGAAGAGUGAAAUACUGUCUUCUGAAAUUAAGAAUAACACAGAUCGAAACACAAUUGCUACAACAACAGAAAUCAUAGUGAAUACCACAGAAAGUAAUGAUGAACAAUACGAUGACAUAACAACAGAAACGGGUAAGGAUGGGUGGAAGAGCAACGCUGAUGCUUCGACUUUACCUCCAACGUUACUGUUUUCUGAACAUGAAAAGGUUAAAAUCGAUCGUAUUGAUACGAAAGAAAAUGAGAAAAAAGAAGAAUUUCAUCCAAAACCAGUCGUACAUCAGGAAACAAUGCGUCCAUCUGUCAUAAAGCUACGAGGAGCAAACGCAUGCGAAACCAAGGAAGAGAUGGCAGCUCCUUUCUGGGCGAACAGCACGCGCGGGGAGAUGCUAGCUCUCCUCAACAUGUAUCCUUUCGAGCAGUACAUACACCUGGAGACGUGCGUGCACAAGCAUAAACAAAUGUACUGCAGGGAAGGUUGCAGAUGUGAACAGCAGUUCCGUCUCCAUCGCUUGCUGGCUUACGACCCACGUAACGAAUGUCGCGGCAUCUUCGCGGACUGGUUCAAAUUCCCAGCGUGUUGUGUGUGCAAGUGCUAUGACGUACCUCUUGAGUUCCGCGCUCGAUCACCAAGAAUCCUGCACCCUCAGUACGACGAAGAAGUUAAAAGACUGAUCUAUGAGGAUGUGGCGAGAGACUGGUACACCAUGUCCUAUGAGGACCCCGAUGAGUUAUAUUGAAUUUUUAAGCGAAAAAGUCCUUUUAUAUCCUCUAUAUAAUGGUGACUUUGUUUAAAAAUGUGGGGUGGGAUAUAUGUAAUCUCGCUGCAUGCUCAAGUCCGUUCAGUUAGUUAGUUUUAUAAAUCUAUGGAAAACCGUUAAGUCGCUUGACAGACAGUGGUAAAUUAAAUAUUUUAUUCAGGCAUGGAGAUAUAGCUUUCGUGUUUACGUUUAAAAAGUUUGUAAAAUAAGAUUAGGUAGCUCAUAUUUAUCUAAGAACUUAUUCACCCGUAAACCCCACCAUAAAAAUAACUAUAUUGUAGAUUUUCUUUAAUGAUUUAUUUAUUGAACAGAAGUACAUUUUAUUCCGUAUAGUUUUAAGAGAUUUUGUUGAUAAAUUAAAUUACUUGUGACAUAAGCUCGCAUUACAGUUUAAACUGUAUUUAUAAGCGUUGAACACUUGUUCAAUCUUACAUCCUUUAACUAAUUGAUCGAGCUGAAUUAUAUACAUACCACUGGUAAUUAUAAAAAACAAUUACUAUUACAAAAUUUGUUAAUUAUUAUACUUAUGUAUAACACAUUUUAUUUUUAACUGUUUCUGUAUACUAAGAACUUGAUGUCAGGUAUAUGAGUUUACUUACCUUUCGCUAUAUAGACAAUGGUAGACUUAAAUU